AUGGCAAAGGCAAGAGGUACAACAGCAGUUCAUUUGGACUGCUUUGGGCAUCGAUGUGACGCUCAUAGAUCGACAUGCCUUGUUAACACAGACCACGGGUUAACCGGUAGAUGCGAGGAUGAACACAUGUGCAAUGACCAUUCUUCAUGCACUGCUAGCACCAGUCAUGAGCAUGGACAUCAUCACGAAUGUUGUUGUAAAAGCCAAAUUUGCAUAAACAACUUAAAACUUGCCGUGGCUUCACGUCCACAUUUGACCUGCUUUGGACAUCAAUGUGAUUCUGACAAUUCGGCAUGCCUCGUCAACAGAGAGCAUGAAUUUACAGGUAGAUGUGAAGCUACAGAGCACUGUCAGCAUCAUUCAGAGUGCACUGCAAGUCUUGAACACGUACAUGGGCAUAACCACGAAUGUUGCUGCACGGAUCAGCAAUGUGUCGAUAAUUUCAGCAAAGGAGCAAUGGUCAUUACCAAGAGGAUGCCAGCAGAGUCACACAUCAAAAACAUGACAAAUGUUCUUCUCUCGGUUAUUUCAAAGAAUGUUGCUAUACCUUAUUGUAAACUUAAUCAGGAAGGUCAUCAUCUGGUUGGAGAAUGUAUUGAAGAACGGCAAUGCCAUGAUCACCAUCGUAAAAUAUGUACCAAUGCACACGACAUGCACGGCCAUGAAGGAUGCUGCUGCCAAACCGAAACUUGUAUAUCGACUGUAACAGGUGUUUCCACCACGCACAGCAAUGCCACGUCUGGAAACAAUGGAAUAUAUAUCAAAGAUCUAGCCUGUUCCGGUGUAACGUGUGGUAUCAAUGAGGUGUGCAAAAUAAAACAGAGCCAAGGGGGAGUAGGAUCCGCAUCAUGUAUGUCGAUUAUCCAAUGUGCUACCGAGAAAGUCCAAGAAGCCCAGCAUCCUGAUCAACCACAAAGCCUCUGCUGUGCAACUGCUGCAUGCGUCUCCACCGCUCUCCAGAACAUUGCAGGAGGUGCUCCAGCAAUGACGAAAACAACUGCUGGGCUGCCAUCUGCGCCUGUAACAGAUGCACCAGCCGUAAUGAAAACAACUGUUGGGCAGACAUCCGCACCUGCAACAGAUGCACCAGCCGUGAUGAAAACAACUGUUGGGCAGCCACCCGCACCUGUAACAGAUGCACCAGCCGUGAUGAAAACAACUGUUGGGCAGCCACCCGCACCUGUAACAGAUGCACCAGCCGUGAUGAAAACAACUGUUGGGCAGCCACCCGCACCUGCAACGGAUGCACCAGCCGUGAUGAAAACAACUGUUGGGCAGCCACCAGCACCUGUAACAGAUGCACCAGCCGUGAUGAAAACAACUGUUGGGCAGCCACCAGCACCUGCAACAGAUGCACCAGCCGUGAUGAAAACAACUGUUGGGCAGCCACCCGCACCUGCAACAGAUGCACCAGCCAUGAUGAAAACAACUGUUGGGCAGCCACCAGCACCUGUAACAGAUGCACCAGCCGUGAUGAAAACAACUGUUGGGCAGCCACCCGCACCUGCAACAGAUGCACCAGCCGUGAUGAAAACAACUGUUGGGCAGCCACCAGCACCUGUAACAGAUGCACCAGCCGUGAUGAAAACAACUGUUGGGCAGCCACCCGCACCUGUAACAGGUUGUCCUCCGUUUUCUCUUUCUUGUCCAUCAAGCUGCUCCACAGUCGAUGUAAACUUGUGUCCUUUUUGUGAUCGGAGUUCAAUUGGUUGUCGUGACAUCAAACCGUCCACAACGAUAGCACCUGUAGUCACAACAACGCCGAAAGUAUGUGCCGAUGCUGACCCCGACAACUGUGCACGAAUGCAAGGGGCAUUAUGUCCAACAUCAGAUCCUAAUCUCCAUCAUAUGGCUGUAGUUACCUGUCCGAAAACAUGUAACCUUUGUGACGAGUUCUUGUUGGUAUAA